GACUACUCAUUGACAAACAAUUCAUCUUUUCAGUUUCUUCAUUUCGCAAUGGUAAGAGAGAUGAUCUCCUCAGUUGUAUUCUUUAUUUCCGAGCACUCUUUUCACUUGACAAAUAAGUUCAAGCUUCGUUUCCCAAGGCGUGCAAGUUGUGCGCAGUGCCAUUCUCCAUCAUCUUUCCAACGUCGAACGUUGCUGAGAUUUUUGUUCGCCUUUCCUUUGAUCACCAGUGUCGGCAGUCAUUCUGUUUUAGGAAGACCAGAAGGAGUAAAUAAACCCAAUCUACUUCCAAAGGAGAAGAAGUUAGUUAUAGAUUUGGAACACUACUUGACAAGUGGACAAUUGAAGUCUCUGGAACGCCAAAUUGAAGACUUGGAACGAAGAUCGGGUUUCAAACUACGAGUCUUAACACAGAGAUAUCCCGAUACACCAGGACUAGCUAUAAAGGAUUAUUGGCAACUGGAUAGUCGUUCUGUUGUUAUGGUUGCCGAUUUUUUUGGAAAUUCUGGGAAUCUUCUCAAGUUUAAUGUUGGCAGCGACUUGGAUGGGUUGUUGCCUCCAAGAUAUUGGUCGUUAUUAUCUUCCAAGUAUGGAAACAAAUUUUUUGUUGAACAAUAUGGUGAAGAUAGAGCGAUAUUAGAUGCUGCCGAUAACAUAUUCUCUUGUAUUUUGCAAAAAGGAUGUGCUACUCCUUAAAGUUGGUUGUUGUGGAUGAAACGAUAAAGUAUUCCAUUUGCUUGUUACAAACUUGGAAGGGUUCAGAUUCUAUUUCGUGUUUCCAUGGCAUUAUGUAUAACAUUCUAUUCACA